AUGAAUUCAUCUAUAUCACGCUAUACUAAGCCUCCACAAAUUCAAACGAAAUUAUGUGAAGCAAAACAACAAGAAAAUGUACCAGUAAAUAAUUCACCAACGAUAUCACAAUGUACACCUACAUCAUCGACAACAUCAGAAGCUGAUGAAGAAGUACGAAUAGUGUUUUUAGGUUCAGCUAAAGUUGGAAAGACUUCAAUUAUUCAGCGUUUUCUCUAUAACCAUUUCGAAACAAAAUAUACACCAACCGUUGAGGAUAUUCACUCGAAAAAGUUCAUAGUGCGUAAUCACAUAGUAAAACUUGUUUUAAUAGAUACAGCUGGCAGUUAUGAUUUUCCAGCGAUGUUACGGCUAUGCAUAAGUAAAGCAAAUGCAUUUGUUAUUGUAUUUGCUCAUGACAGCCUUGAUUCACUCGUACAAGCUGGUCAGCUGUUAUCACAAAUCAAAUCUCAACGUACAGAUUAUGCCUCUCUAACUUCAAACCUAUCUCAUGAGCAAAGUGAAGAAUGGGCACUUAGCAUGAACAUGGCAUCACCAAUUACUGUUGUGUGCAAUAAGUCCGAUUUACCGAACUCAUUUUCACAAAUUAGUGAAGGUGCCAUAAUGGAAUGGUUGCUUACGAAUGGUUUAAAACCAUCGCAAUUCGUAUAUGUUAGUGCUAAAACGAACGACUCCAUUAUGUCAAUAUUUGAAUCACUAUGGUUACAAAAUGAUGUGAGUAAGGCAAUAACGUUAGUUAAAUGGGAUGGUACUAGACGAGCUAGUCUGAGUAAUACCCAAGCCGGAAUAACUACUAGCAUUGGCAGUAAUACAUCGGGAAAUAUGUUACCCAUUGGAACAAGAGAAACAGAUUUUUCUGCACUUAGUGGUACUGUACCUAAUAAUACUGUCUCAUCGAAUGACAGUAAUAUCAAUCCUAAUACUCUUAGUAAUGAAUUAUCUGAUGUGAGUAUAACUGAACGAAAGCAUUCAAAGUUUCGUCAAGGAAUCUUUCGUAAUAGCUUGCGUCUGAGCAGAAGAUCUAGUGGAAAGACAAACAAAUGUAAACCAGAUAUUGUUUAUCUAGAUUGUGCAAUAUCUUAA